UGCCAUCGUUUAUCAAUUAUCAUUAUCACUGUAAGCAUCAUUUAUCAUUAUCAGCAGCAAAUUGAGAGAGACAGAAAGCAAAAUCUAAAGAAGAAUUGCAGUUUUUCAGAUAGAAAUUGAGAUGAAUCCUUUGAAAUAAAUCUGUGUUGCUUUCCACCGGAUUUACUGCCAGCGCUAACUAAAUCCAUUUCUAUAAUGUUUAAUUUAAUACUGCUACUUACUUUUAAUUAAUUUGAUAUUAUCUGAUUUGGAAUUUUUAUUCUGAAAUCAUGUGGAACAGUGGAAACUCGUCUUCUUUAACUGAGGCUUUAGUUUGAUAUCAGAUCGGAUUUGAUGUGGCAGCAGUGAAGCUCGGAAUCAAGUUUUGUUGGAGUCGAAUUGCUUGAAAAUGAAUUGUUUCAAUCAAUUCAAGGAUAGGAGUAAAACUAGGUUACAGAAAUCAGCCCCGACAUUGAAAAGCCAGAGCAAAUUUGAUGUAUCGGAAUCUGAGAGGGCAACAUCAUCCUGUUCAGCUACGCCGCCGCGCAGAAUCACGGAGAUAUAUGAGGAAAAAGCGCAGAAUUUGAGAGUUUUUACAUUUGCAGAGCUGAAGCAAGCGACUAAUAACUUCAACAGAUUGCUUAAGAUUGGUGAGGGAGGUUUUGGAUGUGUGUACAAAGGAACAAUCAAGCCUCCUGAGGGCAAGGAUGGUGACCCCAUGAUUGUUGCGAUAAAAAAACUCAGCAAAGAUGGCUGUCAGGGUCACAAACAAUGGGUAGCAGAAGUGCAGCUUCUUGGGGUCGUGGAUCAUCCAAAUUUGGUCAAGCUGAUAGGAUACUGUGCUGUUGAUGCAGAACGAGGCAUACAGAGGCUACUCGUGUAUGAAUAUAUGCCAAAGAAGAGCCUGGAGGAGCACAUUUUCAAUAGGGCUGGUUCAACGUUAUCCUGGGAGCGAAGAUUGCAAAUAAUACUCGGGGCAGCGGAAGGAUUGGCUUAUCUUCACGAAGAGUUGGAAAUCCAGGUGAUCUAUCGUGAUUUCAAGUCAUCGAACAUUCUACUGGAUGGGGAAUUCAAGGCGAAGCUGUCGGACUUUGGGCUUGCUAGGGAGGGACCAACUGCUGGUCAUACGCAUGUUUCAACCGCGGUUGUUGGAACAUAUGGAUAUGCCGCCCCGGACUAUAUAGAGACGGGGCAUCUCACCUCCAAGAGCGACGUGUGGAGCUUUGGUGUGGUGGUGUAUGAGAUGUUGACAGGAAGACGAUCUCUGGAACGAGAACUCCCCAAACCGGAGCAGAAGCUACUGGAGUGGGUGAAACAGAACCAUGCUGAUAGUCGAAGAUUCAGCACAAUCAUUGAUCCGAGACUCGAAAACAACUACCCGUUAAGUGCAGCUCGUAAAGUUGCUAAAUUAGCAGAUAGUUGUUUGGUGAGAAGUGGGAAGGAUAGGCCAAAAAUGAGUAAGGUGGUGGAGGCUCUCAAGGACAUUAUUGCUGAGGCAGCAGCGUGUGUGGAGAGCCCGCCGAUGAAGUAUUUGGAGGAUGUUGAAGAUAGUCCUGCGCCGGCAGAGCAAAUGGCCGCAUCGAUCAAACGGAGAUUCGCCCACUUGGCUAAGAUCAGUGAGAAUUUGGAUGGAGUGAACACAAGAAGGUUUAUGAUGAUGCAAAGGGCUAAAGUAACAUAGUAAUAACUAGCUUUGUCGAGGUUUGGGCUAAAACUACUACGUCUCAUCUUUAAAAGGACCACAACUCCCGUUUCAUACCUCAAUGUUGUAAUAUACUAUAGUAUGUUAGUACUUUAGUAGGAAGUCAAUAAUUAGAUUUUAUAUAAUAGGUAAGACGAAGAAGUUGUGAGGCUAGGGACAAGGGGUUUUUCCCCAAACUAUUAUGUAGGUUUCUAUUCUAUGAGUAUUUACAUGAGAAAAUCUUCUACUGUGACUCAA